CAAUUUCCAUUCGUCGAACGUCGCGUCGUAUCGGCAUCGAGUUCGCUUCAAUUCGCUGUUUCUGUUUGAUUCGAGUGAAUUAUUCAUUUUCUUUAAGAUUUUCUUAUAAAUAAAUACAAAAUGAAUGUGAUUUGUGAUUGAAUAUUGUAUUCAUAUCAAUUUCAAUGGUGUUUUGUCUUUUGUGUGUUGUGUUGCAUUGUUUAAUUUUUAAUUAAGGUGACACUAAUGUAAUUAACAGUAAUUUGAUUUACUCAACAGCUGUUGUACUUUUAAUCUUGAAAGCUUUUUCUUUUCUGUUAAGUUUUACAUAGUACGGUGCAGACAGAGAUAUAGGAUAAUCAAAUUAUUAAAAGUAGAGUGAAGUUUGAAAAUGGAUUCAAGUUUGGAGUCAGACGAUAGUACAGUGGAUCCGUCGUACAUUGAAUUAGAACAUUCAAUGAAACAAGAAAUCGAUUCGCAACAUUUUGAAGAUGCUAGCAGUUAUCAUUCAAAUUUACCAAAGGCGUUUUGUAAAAGUGAAGUCGGGUCUCCCUGUUCUUCUAUGCUGACUGCUGUGAGUUCGAAUGUUUUCGAAAAAAUGCCACUAAUUUUUAACGGAAACUAUUUUAAAGUUGUAAAACGGAUUGGCGAUACUGAUCAUCAAAAGAAAGCACGAGGCAUUUUAGCCCAGUGUAAUUUUUGUGCUACAACAAAAAUCAUAAAAGGUUCAUUGAAUAUAACAUCGAAUUUUAUUCAACAUCUUAAAAAACGUCAUCGCAUCAAAUACGAAGAAUAUCUUAAAGAAAAAAAUGAUAUUGGAAAAUCCCAACGACCAAUGGUUGUUGAUAGAACAUCUAAUUCAUUCAAUGAAAAAUCAACUAUUUCAGAAUUUGAUGAAAAUAUUUUGACAUUUGUCAUUGAAAAUACUUUGCCAUUGUCAAUUGUUGAAAGUCCAUCAUUUAUGGCCCUAUUUAGGGGAACAGGUUUAGUGACGUGUACUAAAAAACAAAUGAUGAAUAUGCUAGAUACAAAAUAUUAUGGAAUGAUGACAAGACUAAGCGAUACAUUGACAAGUGUGCCAUAUGUUUGCACCACAUUAAAUGUUUGGCUCUGCAAAAGGAAAUACAUUUUCGGAUACACCUGUCAUUGGAUAGAUGGCACUAAUUAUUCUAGAAAAUCAGCAGCUCUGAGGUUUCAGAGUUUCGGUGCAGAAGGUGCGUUCGAAAAUAUUCGGGACGCUCUACACCGCACCAACAGUGCUUUCGGUUUAGGAGAUGAUAAAAUUAUUAGCACCAUUACCGACAACGAUGAUAAUGUAGUAGAUGCUUUUAAAGAAUUCGGACUUCAAGAUUUUUAUGAAUUCAGCGAUGAAGAUGAACAAGAUCUAUGCGAAGAUGACAAAGCUAAGAUACUUCCAGAUUUAUCAAAUAUUUUCCAAAGAUAUCCACCGCACCAUAAGUGCGUCAUACAUGAUCUCUUUUCACUUGCAACAACAGACUUUAUUGAUCUAUUAAAAUUAAAUAGCAGUCUUCACCAAUUACAUCAAAUAUCCUUCAAAAGAUGCACUGAAAUUUGGAGCAAAUGCACAACACCUGAGAAAUCAGAAAUGGCUAAAACCUUCGUUCCAUUCUCAUUGAUUUUACCCACAUCAACCGAUUGGUAUUCGAUGUUUGAUUCCAUACGAUGUUUGUUAAACAACAAAGACAAACUUUACAAUUUAUGUUUCUUCCUAGAAACAUCAAAUUUUACAUAUGCCGAAAUUGAGUACUUAGAGGAAUAUUGUCGCCUGAUGGAACCAAUAGCUGAGGCAUUUAAAUUUCUUCAAAUCGAAUCUCAAAUGCUUUAUGGCUAUUUCCUGCCGACUUUGGUGACUAUCAAAGUAAAAUUUGAUAAACUAGAUUUGGGAUCUUUUAAGUACCUUACAGAGUUGGGUCUUCAAAUGGGUAAUAAAUUAUUUGAAAGAUUUCAAAAUUUCUUCGAAAUUCGAGAAGAGUGUAUUGAUGCUGUAGUUGCAUCGGUAUCGUGUCCAAUUAUCAAAUUGAAAUUUGUCAAAGCACUAAGUCAGAUUGCUCCAAAUGUCAGUGUUGAACAAAUUCAAUCGCACUUUAUUGACUAUGCCAAGGAGUUUCGAAGAGACGCAGAAACAGUAAAUCAACAAGAUUCGUUUCAGGGAUCUUCAACAGUUCAUAAUUUCUUCGAUUUUGGACAAUGUUCGAACGUGAGCGUUAAACAGGAAAUCGAUCCUCUUCUACAUAUUAGAAGGGAAUUCAAUCGGUACUUAUCCGACGAAGACAACAGCCUCAGUUCGUUAGAUCGAUAUCCGGUUGUUAAGAAUGUUUUUAUAAAAUACAACACUACAUUACCAUCUUAUGCAUCAGUUAGAAGACUUUUCGCCUAUUCGGGUGUUACUUCCAGUAGAAGGAAUUUAAAGAUGUCAAGUCGACAUUUUGAAAGACUUGUUAUAAUGAAAGCCAAUGAUGUUUGUUUCUAAUAAAAAGAUUAAUAUUUAGUA